GUUCCUGAUACAUCUAAUAUCGCAGGUCACACACAUGGCUGUAUGACGUUCGUCUUAUUUGACCAAGGUAUGGCAUUCACGGGAGAUGCACUCCUAAUUCGUGGUUGUGGACGCACUGAUUUUCAACAGGGCUCUUCCGAUAGCCUAUAUGAUUCGGUGCAUGGACGAAUCUUGUCUCUUCCUGACGAAUUCUUGCUCUAUCCAGCUCACGAUUAUGAAGGCCGGACAGUCACUUCGGUUGCUGAAGAGAAGGCACACAAUAAAAGGUCUGCUUAUCACAAUUUACAUAGACCUCGAUCUUUCAUAUAUUUGUGGCUGCCUUAG